AUCGAAUAUAAGGGUAUAAAAAAAGAGAGAAGUAAAAGAAAAAAGGCUUAGAUUCUUGGAAUGGCACAAAAAGACAUGAAGUAGAUAUUUAGAAAUACUCAAACAUACAUACUAUAAAAAUCAUAGCGAGCUGCAACCUUUGCUCAUGUUCAUCGAGUUCAUGCAAGAAAUUGUAUCAAAAGGAAGAAAUAAAUCUCAUUUAAGCAAAAGUGUUAGGAUCAAAAUGUCAAGAGGAAGAGACACAUUGGUACUUGGUAGAGUGAUUGGAGAUGUUUUGGAUCCAUUUACAAGAUCAAUUAACCUAAGAGUGGUUUAUAUUAAUAGACAGGUUAUUAAUGGUUGUGACUUUAGGCCUUCUCAAGUCAUUCAACAGCCUAGAAUUGAGAUUGGAGGGGCAGAUGAUUGCACCUUUUACACUUUGGUAAUGGUGGAUCCUGAUGCUCCAACCCCAACCAACCCAAACAUGAGAGAGUAUUUGCACUGGUUGGUCACUGAUAUCCCAGCAACUACAGGAGUAAAUCUAGGCAAUGAAGUGGUAUCCUAUGAGAGCCCAAGGCCUACAAUAGGAAUACAUCGGUUUGUUUUCGUGCUAUUUCUGCAAUUACGUCAAGAGAAUAAUGUCUAUGCUCCUCAAAGUCGUCAGAAUUUCAACACAAGAGAUUUUGCAGAGCUUUAUAAUCUUGGCUUACCUGUUGCUGCUGUUUACUUUAAUGGCCAAAGGGAAAAUGGUACUGGUGGCCGUCGACUAUAA